AUGGCCCUGGUGCUGAUCCUCCAGCUGCUGACCCUCUGUGAGCUGCCCUUUCCUCCUCCCUGGGUUCCUGUCUGGGGUGGGGGGCAGAGAGAGAGGCGGGGAACUGAGGCUGAGAAAGGGGCAAUAACCGUCCAGGGUGAUUUUCCUCUUUCCCCAACUUCCCUUUCAUCUUCUGGGGCUCCCAGGAGGUCCAAGGACUCAGGCAGCCCCGUUUAUUCAGUCCCCCCAGUUUCAUACCCCAAGCCAUGGCUGGGAGCUCGGCCAGCUACGGUUGUGACCCCCAGGGUCAACGUGACCUUGAGGUGCCGGGCACCCCAACCCGCCUGGAGAUUUGCACUUUUCAAGUCUGGAGAGACCGAUCCCCUUCUCCUCCGGGAGGUGUCCUCGGAGCUGGCGGAGUUCUUCCUGGAGGAGGUGACUCCGGCCCAAGGGGGAAGUUACCACUGCUGCUACGGGAAGCCAGACUGGGCGCCGAGUGUCUGGUCCCAGCCCAGCGAUGCCCUGGAGCUGCUGGUGACAGGUGAGGUCCUGGGGUCUCGGCGGAGAAGGGGGUGGAACAAGGGAGGCAGGGAAGGACAGAGAGAUACAGGGAAAGAGAUACAGAAUGAACCAGACUCCCACCGUCUCCUCCCUCAGACCCACGAGUUGAAGCCUCCAUCAACUCUCCCUCAACUUUCAGACUGGGGAGUGAGGACCCUAAGUCCACCCCAGAGACAGGAAACCUGGAGUUCAGGGCCCAGACUUCUGGGUCCAAGCGCUGACAGCCCCUCUCCCCCGGCUCGGCCCGCAGACUCCAGCUCCUCCGACUACACGAGGGAGAACCUGGUCCGCCUGGGGCUGGCCGGUCUGGUCCUCAUCUCCCUGGGCGUGCUGGUCGCUUUUGACUGUCGCAGCCAGAACCACGCUCCUGCUGGCGUCCGCCCCUGAACCCCAGGAGCACUGCAACCCCAGAAGACUUCCAACCUGAGUGGCAGAGAAGCUGGGACCCUGGGCUGCACUGUCCAUUCCUGUGGGAGAUGGGUCAGCGUCGGGGGAGAAACUAGGGAAAGGGGGAAGGCUCUGCACAGCUUACAAUAGUUGAAGGCAGCUGUUCUCACCCUGAGGGAGAGGGCCCGGAGUCUGUGCCAGUGAGCGAAGGGGAAGUUAUCUCCAUCAGCCUCGUCCGUUUCAACGUGUCCAGAAACUGCCCUUUCCCAUCCGCCCUCCCAUCCCCGCCUGUGAAGUCCCUGAAAGGGAAACAAUAAAUGUUAAUUAUUCGCAGACUGUGUUUGCUCCAGGCUUUCGGCAUUGCGCCGGCACUCAAUAAAAGCAAGCGGCUC